AUGGAGAAGUACUUUGACCAGUUGUCCUCGACUCCCUACGUGUCGGCCCUGGUCGCGAAGCGGCGUCUUCUCUUUGGUGUCUCUAUAGUGUUUUUAAUAUUAAUUGCUCUUUCGUUGACCGAGACGGAUGACAUGAACGCGUGGUCGCAGACGGCUGGAGGCUUCGGUCACAUCUCAGCGAGCAACGGCACCAUCCUCAAUGGCACCAACACCAACGUCUUUAGCGGCGUCCCCGGCAUCAUCCACACGGGUCCCGGCUACAAGCGCCCAGGCUAUGAACUGCCUCUGGCGAACGGCAUCCCGCUGCGCAUCAUGGCCAUCGGUGCAUCAACGACGCGUGGCGACGAGAGUUUCGACAACAAUGGCUUCCGACGGCCGGUCCGCGAGCACCUCGUGUCCAUCGGCAACCCCGUCAACUUUGUGGGAACACAGCGCGUGGGGAACAUGACCGACAACGACAUUGAGGCCUACCCGGGCGCCCGCACCGGCCAGAUGCAUCGCCACGCCGAGCAAAUCGUGCCCAAGACCAAGCCGAACCUGUACCUCGUUAACGUCGGGUCCAACGACUGCUUCCAAGACUUCGACAUUCCCAACUUUUUCAAGCGCUACUACACCUUCAUCGAAUACCUGUUGAGCGCAUCGCCGCGGUCCACCGUCGUCAUGGGCACCCUGCUGCCCACCACCGAGACGGCGAGAUGGAACGCAUCGGAACGGGUCCAUGUUGUCAACACGCAGCUGCGCAGACUACACAAGAUCUUUGAAAAGGAGGGCAAGCCCGUUGUGCUGGCCGAGAUGGCCGGCGUUGACGGCAUCCAGGAUGCCAACCUGUCGCGCGACAAGAUGCACCCCACCUCGGCCGGCUACGAGAUGAUGGGACGUAUCCUGCUGCAAGCCAUCAUCGAGGCCGACGCCAAGGGCUUCCUGCGCCCCGCCGAGCCCAUCUACGGCAUCAUCCAGGAUGGUGACCUCGACCGCCAGGACGAAAAGUACGGCAAAUGGAUCCAGGCCAAGCAGGCGCAGGAGCUGGCGGCGCGCAAGACCGAGGAGCAAGAGCUGGCCAAGAUGACGACGGAGCUGGAGAAAUGGACGGCCUAUCUCGAGCUUCAGAAAAAGCAAAAGAACGAGAAGGCGCAGCAAAAGAACCAGAAGAAGACGGACGAGACGACCGAUGAGGCGCAGCAGCAGAAGAACAACGGCGGCAUGAAGUUAAGGCGGCAUACAUAG